CAGAGAGAGAGAGAGAGAGCGGUUCUUAAACGACAAAAAAAGGAAGAAUUGGUUUCGGGCUUCGGAGUCGCAGAGAGGGAGAGAGAGAGAGAGAGAUUGUGCAUGUGUAUGGGUGUUUAGGGUUUAGCAAUUGCAAAAUAGUAGGAAAGGCUUCGUUUUUUCAAGGCACAGAGAGAGAUAGAGAGUGACUACUGUCUAGCAAUGGCUCCACGAAGAAGAGCAAGGAAAGAUUCACGAAUGGAUGCAGCCCUUGAUGCUAUGCGUCCGUUGGGGUACUCUGAUAAAUUUGUUCGGGAAAUGGUCAAAGAGCUCCUGAAAGAGGAGCUUUAUGGCAAAGACGGAUGGUUCUUCAUUGAGAAUGAUUCUUACAAGGUUCUACUUGAUCACAUCUUUCAGAAAGAGGAGGAUUCUUUACGAGAUGAUUCAAGAUGUGGAGAUAAUAUGAAGAUACCAACUGCUGGGCCCUCAACCUCAAGGGAAGUCAUUCUUGAAUCCUGUUCAAAUCCAUUGGCUACAUGCACCUCGAUGCAAACCAAUGAGGCUUUGGACUCUAUGUCACAGACUAGUGAAGUUCUGGACACUCUAUCACUGACCAAUGAUCUUGAUGGUAGGGAACGACCCCCACUAGCUGAAAUAGAAGAAAGGGGCCGGAAAGACAGUAACUUGGAGCAGAAUUCUGGAGAAGAGCAUGUGGCUAAUGUAAAUAGAAACAAUGACAAAGAUUCUGGCGGUAGUGAACUUCUUGGGAACACUCUUAUCUGGCCUCUUCCUGAUAUUCACUCCCCACAGCCGGCAGAUAGUCUCCCAACCCAAAGGCGUAGACCUUGCUAUGGAUGGAUCAGCAGCGACAAUGAGCAAGAUCUUGUGCGCCUAACACCAGCGCCGUUCCAGGAAAUAGCCAAGUUUUUCAUUCGGGUGAACGUGCAAAGAAAGCGCAAGAUAAGGUGGGAUGUUAGGCCUGAAGAUAGCUGAGUCUCUGUUGUUUUCUCUUUAAAUUGUGUUUAUGUAUGACCACAAAACUAGGAGAUACUUGUGGAUCAUGACUAACAAUUUAUGCUUGAUGCAUUAUGAGUAUAUUCUGUACCACGUACAUAUAAAUUCAAUUCUUGAUGCUUCCUCUAGUAGCUC